AUGGAAACUCUAAGUUCUAUUUUAUCAAUUCCUAUCCGAAUUAUAUCUACAGUGCUCUCACUUCCCAUCAUCCUCUUUGGAAGCCUCUACGAUCUCUUCUUUAAGAAACUUCCAGAUGAGCCGCAUACGAUUCUUGUCACAGGUGCUAGUUCCGGAAUUUGUAGAGAAGUGGCGAUUCAAUACGCGAAACCGGGCGUAACACUUUUCCUGGUUGCGAGAAACGUGGAGAGACUGAAUGCGACCGCUGAAAUCAUCCGAGCAAAGGGUGCAACCGUUUUUGUUGCUUCGAUCGAUGCAACGGACGAAGAAAAGAUGAGAAAGUAUAUUCAAGAGCAGGAUGCAAAAUACAAGCUAGACCUCGUUAUUGCAGGUGUGGGUAUUGUAACUCCCGCGAAUGCAUGCUCGAUGAAGUUGUCCGAUUUGUUUGAUUUGAUUAUCAACACGAACAUUAAUUCCUGCAAAAAUGCUGUGCUUCCUGUGAUCGAUUCGUUCCGAGAGCGUCGUCAUGGUCAAAUCUGUAUUUUGUCUUCUGUGGCUGGACUGGGAAUGAAUUUCAUCAGUCCGAUGUAUUCUUCCACCAAAAUGGCCAACUUUGCCUUCGGAGAAGCCAAGGUAAUGUCCAGCUCUUCGGUGCAUGCUCUAUCCAUACGGUGUUUUCGUGAAUCUCGUCUGUCCUGGUAUACUUCAAAUAUAAAAUACGAGAGUCUAGGAUAUACAGACACGCCUAUUUUGGACACGAAUACCGGGAAAAAUGCUUCGUACAUUUUGAAAGUGGAGGACGUGGCAGCGACGAUCAUCGAUGGUUUAAAACACGAUUACAGCGUGAUUGAGUGCAAUAUGGUGUAG